AUGACGGUUCAGGGGGAAGGAAACAUUAGGAAUGUUGCUUUUAAUGAGGAUUCUAUAACUGACAAUGAUCAGGACCUUGUGCCUAUUAUUGUUCAAGAUACAAUUAUAGUACAAGAGCACAAUGAGAAUCCUAUUGUAGAUCCAGUUGCAGUACAAGAGAACAAUGAGAAUAUUAUUGUUGCUCAAGAUACUGCUAUAAUACUGAAAAUUAAUGAGAAUCCUCCUCAACCCCAACCCAUACAGCAAGCUCAACAACCUCAAGAAGUGUUAUUAACGAGAUCUAACAGAGAAAAGAGAAAAUCCAUUUAUGGUCUCAAACAAGCUUCCCGUCAAUGUGGGAGUAAAUACAUCUUUUUGGUCUUAUCUGUUGAUGACAUUCUACUUGCCAGUAACGAUAUAGACUUGUUGCAUGAAACUAACAAAUUUCAAUCGAACAAAUUUGAAAUGAAAGAUCUUGGUAAUGCCUCUUUUGUAUUAGGAAUUGAGAUACUAAGAGAUCGUUCUCAAGGUAUUCUUGGAUUAUCACAAAAGAACUAUAUCAAAAAGAUUUUAAGUAGAUAUGGCAUGAAAAGUUGUAGACCGAUGGACACACCCGUAACCAAAUGA